AUGGCCACAAUUUACGAAAAAUUGACAAAAAACGAAUGUGUUGAGUCAACCGAGUUACGAGAUUGUGGAGCGCCUUGUCAUGCUAUGUUCUUUCCAGAAAAGGAGCGAACUGUACUUCGUUACUGGGUUGGCUCAUGGGCAGCUGUAUGUGUAGCCAGUUGUUUGUUUACGGUGCUUACAUUUUUAAUAGACUCUUCACGUUUUCGCUAUCCGGAACGGGCUAUAGUAUUCCUUGCUGUUUGUUAUUUGGUCGUUGGUUGUGCAUAUGUAGCCGGGCUGGGCGCAAGCGAUUCGGUGUCAUGUCGCGAACCUUUCCCACCGCCAGUCAGAUUGGGUCGCCUGCAAAUGAUGUCAACCAUAACACAAGGUCAUCGUCAAACAACCGCUUGUACUGUUUUAUUUAUGGCGCUCUACUUCUGCUGCAUGGCUGCAUUCGCCUGGUGGUCAUGUUUGGCAUUUGCUUGGUUUUUAGCUGCGGGAUUGAAAUGGGGUCACGAGGCAAUCGAAAAUAAAUCACAUUUAUUCCAUUUGGUGGCUUGGGCUAUACCUGCGCUCCAAACGAUAUCUGUGUUGGCGAUGGCAAAAGUUGAAGGUAAGCUUAAGUACAAGUUUGUUGUUUUUGUUUUUUUUCUCUCUUCAAACUCUUUAAGUUUAAGGCUGCGACGGCGUUGAGAUUAUUGUCUAGACAAAUCCGCUGAAUACGCGGGCGUAGUUAAAAAAUUUAUUAAAUGUGACCAA